AUCCAUUGAGAAACGCCCCUAGCAGUUUGCAUGCUUCGGACAUUGAAGAAGGCACGAGCAUAAACCCCAAAUUAAAUCGCAAAAAUUAAUAAUAAAAAAAGGAUCAACAGAAAAUGGCGAGGUCGAUCAGAAGCCCUAAGAAAGCAAAUCUCUUAGAUCAACAUUCGAUCAAGCACCUCCUCGAUGAAUCCGUCACCGAGAUCGUGAAGAGUCGAGGAUACGUCGAAGAUGUGAGGCUGAGCAAUGCGAAGUCGUUGAUUGGAGCUGUUGCCAUUGGAAUUGCUCUUCUUGCUCAAUUUUAUCCCGAGAAAUUCCCCGACAAUAGGGAUAUUUUAAUCGUUUGCAUUGGAUUGUAUGUAGUUUUCAAUGGAGUGUUGCAGUUCAUCAGCUAUACGAAGGAGAAGAACGCGAUUAUGUUUACUUAUCCUCCGGGAUCUUUCAGCACUACAGGGUUGAUUGUAUCAUCUAAGUUGCCAAGGUUUUCCGACAUGUACACUCUUACUGUAGCAAGUGCAGAUCCAAAGUCCAUUUCGGUUAACAAAUCAGUACAAUUUACGAAGAGCGUAACAAAAUGGUUUGCCAAUGAUGGGAUGCUUGUGGAAGGCCUGUUCUGGAAAGAUGUAGAAAGACUGAUCGAUGACUACAAUGGAGAUCUCAAGAGUACUGAACUAGCCUCGUUACUACUCACUAACGAAUCUGACAUCAUUUUGGUCGAGGCCUGAACAUAUGGUUGGAUGAGGUAAAAUAUUAAGAACCUUUUAUACAUUACAUGUCUCCAAAUAUUAAGAACCUUUUAUACGUUGCAUGUCUCCCUACCCUUUGGCUAAUUGUUUUGUUUGUGUUUACCGAAUCUACUUAAAGUCAGUAAAAGCAAAAGAAAAGAAACAUGUAAUAUGUAAAUAGUAUUUACUUCUAUGUGACAUGCAUGGUCUCAGCUCUUGCAUGUA